UAAAUAUCAACUCUCAACCUCCUCCACAGACGUCUAAGAUGCACAGACCUCAGUCUCCAGUGUCCAGCUGUGUCUCUAUGAAGAGUGACAAGUCCAUACAUCAGCCCCCAAAUAUAAGACCCCAACCUCCUCCACAGAUGUUUAAGAAGUGUAGAUCAUCAUCUCCAGUGUCCAGUUGUGUGUCUAUGAAGAGUGACAAGUCCAUACAUCAGCCACCAAAUAUCAGCCCCCACUCCCCUCCACAGACAUUUAAGAAGUGCAGAUCAUCAUCUCCAGUGCCCAGCUGUGUGUCUAUGAAGAGUGACAAGUCCAUACAUCAGCCCCCAAAUAUAAGCCCCCAACCUCCUCCACAAACGUCUAAGAAGCACAGAUCGUCAUCUCCUGUGCCCAGUUGUCUGUCUAUGAGGAGUGACAAGUCCAUAGUCCAAUCCCCAAGUAUCAGCCCUCAGCCUCCUCCACGGUAA